CAGGAAAUGGGCAGGAUAGACCAGGAAAUAUCUAGACUCCAGCAGACAUUGAAAGACGAGAGACAAGAAAGGCUGUCAAAGACCACAAAGGCUGCCAUAACUUUGCAGGCUGCGUACCGUGGAGUGAGGGUGAGGCGGAGAUUCCGUUCUGCACUAGAAGAACGGAAGCGACUCAGAGUGUGGGCCAGGCAGCAGCGACGCGUGCAACAGAUCGAGGCAGAGCGUAGGCAAGCUGAAGAGAACGAGCGUCAUCAUCAUCAUCAUCAGCAGCAGCAGCAGCAGCGACUGGAUGAGCGAAGGAAGGCAAUCAGGAGAGAGGAGAGAGCCACGAGACGACCCUGUGCGCAGUCCAACGUGCACGCGGCCACCAGCAGGACUCGUAAGACGAAAACGGAGUCAGCGCGUGCAGCUAUUACGCCUACGGUAACAACGCGUCCGCUUCCGGAAGCUGCGGAAGCUGGUCGCGAUGUGAAGCCAAAAGGGGGCGAAGAAUUACGCAAGCCGGAAUGUGGGAGUUUGAAAACGGGCGCGCAGACGAUGGUGGUGAUCGAGUCUGGGAACGAACAGAUGCAGGGAAGUGCUGACUGGUGGGAUAUAGACGAAGCCGGCAACGCUGCCAUCGGUUGUAGGCACGACGCGGCUGGCGAUGCAGCGGAUGCACGCGCCACGCGCUGCCAGACAGGAACUGUAGUUGACUCCGAUGCAGAUUCUCCGGUGACACGGGACGGUGCAGACGACAGAAUGUGCUCCGUAGGCGACGCUGAUCUAGAUGUAUCUGACUCUGAAAACGGGGAGAACAACGUUGAGUACGAUGGUCAACUAUAUGAAGAUCAGUGCCGCGAUGCUACUGUCCUAGGCAGCGUGUGUAGCAUAGAGCAGAGCUGUGAUGCUACUGUCCUAGGCAGCGUGUGUAGCAUAGAGCAGAGCUGUGAUGCUACUGUCCUAGGCAGCGUGUGUAGCAUAGAGCAGAGCUGUGAUGCUACUGUCCUAGUGGGUGUAGUGGCGAACAAACAUCUGAUGCUACAGUCACAGACAGUGGGUGUAGUGGCAAAGGAACAUCUGAUGCUACAGUCACAGACAGUGAGUGUAAUAGAGAACAAACAUCUGAUCCUACUGUCACAGACAGUCAGUCUAAUGAAGAGCAUACAUCUGAUGAUGCUACAGUGA